AUGAUUCGCAACAGAAAGAGAAAGGAGGUGUCUUUACUGGAAGAACUCAAGGAGAUGGAGCUCCUGGAGGAAGGAGAGAUGGUCGACAUCCCAGACCUGGAGUUUGAAGAUCUCAUUGAAGAAAACACACUGAGCGUGAUCGUACGCUGUCUCAAUCCCUACGCGCACAAGGUGGGAGGUCUGGUGAAAGCUCUUCCACCGAUAUGGGGCAUGGAGGACAGAGUGAGAGGAAGAGGAGUUGGAGAGCAAAAGGUUCAGUUCAUCUUCAACUCUGAUAACGACCUUCAGUUCGUCCUAAACAAAGGUCCCUGGUUUGUUAAUGGGUGGAUGGUGGCUUUGGAUCAGUGGAGCCCAAAUCCACAUCCGGAGUUCCUGCAAAGGAUACCCUUCUGGAUUCGGAUUCGUGGUCUCCCCAUCCACCUACUGAAGAAAGAGAUUGUAGAGAGUCUUCUAGGCCCUCUUGGAGAGGUAGGACCGGUGGAGCUCCAUGCCAAAAACUCAGACUCGCUGGAAUAUGUAAGAGCAAGGGUCUCCAUCAGCACCGAAGAGCCACUGCAGUUUAGAAGAAUUGCGAGGUUUCGAUCAGGGGAAACGGUUCCAACCGAGCUGGAGUACGAGAAACUACUCAAGGUCUGCUACACCUGCAAGAAACUCACCCACGAUCAGACAAAGUGUCCUCUGCAAGCCUACAUUGCUCCAGAGUUUAAUCGAGGUCCCCAAGGAAAAAGCUUAAAGGCGAACCUACGUUCAAAACUUCUAGAGAAGGAGGUUCGAGCUAAGGAAGCUUUGACAAAGGAUCCAAUAAAGGAGAGCAAGAAAGGGCAGCAAGAACUAGCAGAAAGUAGCAGAGGACGUCGAAACAAUGCUGUGAAGGUAGGAAUAGAAGAUAAACGCAGAGGAAAACGAGUGGCUACAUCUUCCCAAAAAGUGUGGAAGCAGAAAGGAGUGAGUGGAGAUUCGAGAACUUCGAAAAGCACUGAGGAGUCCAUGGCCAAAACGUGCUCCAUCAGCAAAGAAGGACCUGAAAUGAACAAGACACCAGGCUCUGUCUUCAACAGACUUGGAAGCUCCGAGAAGGAUAGCGGUUCAGGUGGCAGGAACAGAAGCAGUCGAUCACAUAUUCAGGAGCACGACUUACGUAUUAGUCUGAGUGGAGGUUCACAAGGAGAAAGAUUAGAAGGAAAAUCAAGCAAAGGCAGUAGAAGUCCUCCAAUUGUUUUUGAGAGAUUGGGAAGUCCAUGUUUUAUGACCCCAAGAGAGGAGAAGGGACCUGAGGGAUCUACAGUCUCAAAGCGCCGAAGGCAGAGUGGCAGUAGUGAAGGGAGAAAGGCCAAGAAAGCAAGACGAGGUGCUCAAGAGAUAGAGAAGGUGGCCCCAUCAGUCUUCCAACGGCUAGGUGGAACGGAAUUGGGCUCAGGUUCAAGUGGAGGGGGACAAGAAGUUCUCGAUCAUUCUGCUCAUGUAGCAGCUUAUACUCCUGUUCAUGCUGCUCGUGGAGCAGCCAAUUUCCCAGGCCAUUCUGUCCGACGGAUAGCAUUGGCAAGUGGAACAAACUGGAAAGAAGGGUUGAUGGGUAAUUCCAACCCUUCAAGGUCCAUAUGA